ACGUCACGUGAUUUUUUUAACUUCAUUGAAUUUGCGCAAUCGCAAUAUGGUCUUCCUCUGCAUCUGAAUACGUUUUCCGUGAACCAUUUGCUCUGUCUGCUGAUCUCCAUUUUCGACUUGGGACUGUUGGUAAUAGUAUUUCCAAAAUGUCUUUGCUUUCUGUGCGAUUAGCAACAACUGUUGCAAGAAACUUGCCUAAAAAUGUUCAGGUUAUUGGAACUACAAUUCCUGCGGUCUCUGCUGGAGCUCGGAAAAUCCAUGCUUCUACUCAGAAUCGUGGAACUGAAAUUUCAUCCAUCCUUGAGGAGCGUAUUUUUGGUUCUGCUCCUCAGGCCGAUCUAGAUGAAACGGGCAGAGUCCUGAGUAUUGGUGAUGGAAUUGCUCGUGUUUAUGGACUGAAAAAUAUUCAAGCUGAUGAGAUGGUUGAGUUUUCAUCUGGGCUGAAGGGUAUGGCUCUCAACUUGGAACCAGAUAACGUGGGUGUUGUCGUUUUUGGUAAUGACAAACUUAUUAAAGAGGGUGACAUUGUGAAGAGAACAGGUGCCAUUGUAGAUGUUCCUGUUGGUGAUCAAAUUUUGGGACGUGUUGUUGAUGCUCUAGGUAAUCCUAUUGAUGGCAAAGGUCCUUUAAACACUAAACAACGUUUCCGAGUUGGUAUUAAAGCCCCUGGUAUAAUUCCCCGUAUUUCUGUAAGAGAACCUAUGCAGUCUGGAAUAAAAGCUGUUGAUUCACUUGUUCCUAUUGGUCGUGGACAACGUGAAUUGAUAAUUGGUGAUCGUCAAACUGGGAAAACAGCUCUAGCUAUUGACACGAUAAUCAACCAAAAACGAUUCAAUGAUGCAGAUGAUGAAAAGAAGAAGUUGUAUUGCAUUUAUGUUGCUGUAGGUCAAAAAAGAUCAACAGUUGCACAGAUUCUAAAGCGUUUAACUGAUACUGGAGCUAUAAACUAUACAAUUAUUGUAUCUGCUACAGCUUCAGAUGCUGCACCUUUGCAAUACUUGGCCCCAUAUUCUGGAUGUGCUAUGGGUGAAUACUUUAGAGAUAAUGGAAAACAUGCACUUAUCAUAUAUGAUGAUUUGUCGAAACAAGCUGUUGCGUAUCGUCAGAUGUCUUUGCUGCUUCGUCGUCCUCCAGGCCGUGAAGCUUAUCCUGGAGAUGUUUUUUAUCUUCACUCUCGUCUAUUGGAGAGAGCUGCAAAAAUGUCAGAAGCCCAUGGUGGUGGUUCUCUAACAGCUUUACCAGUCAUCGAAACCCAGGCCGGGGAUGUCUCUGCGUACAUUCCAACAAAUGUCAUUUCUAUCACCGACGGACAAAUCUUCUUGGAAACAGAGUUAUUUUAUAAAGGUAUCCGCCCAGCUAUCAACGUAGGUCUCUCUGUGUCAAGAGUAGGAUCAGCUGCUCAAACCAAAGCUAUGAAACAGGUCGCCGGUUCCAUGAAGCUAGAAUUGGCUCAGUACCGUGAGGUAGCCGCAUUUGCCCAAUUUGGUUCUGAUCUUGAUGCAGCUACUCAACAACUGUUGAAUCGAGGAGUUCGUUUGACUGAACUGUUGAAACAAGGACAGUAUGUGCCCAUGGCAAUUGAGGAACAAGUGGCUAUUAUCUACUGCGGUGUAAGGGGACACCUGGAUAAAAUCGACCCAUCUAAAAUUACUGUUUUUGAAAAACAGUUCUCAGAACACAUCAAGAGCAGCCACCAGAAUAUUUUGCAAAGUAUUGCCAAAGAGGGUAAAAUUACAGAAGAGACAGAUGCCCAACUCAAAAAAGUUGUUCAAGACUUCAUUGCUAAUUUUGCUGGAUGAAGUGAUUCAAUGUAAACUUGACAAUUAAAUUAUUAGGCAAAUAAAUAGCCUUCUUUCAUAUAAAACAAGUCCUGUAUAAGUUAUUUUGUUUUUGAAAUAACUCAUUUUGAAAUAGCCCUUAUCCAAACACCAUUCUUUUACAGGUUUUGUUUUGUCACAUCUUUAAUACAUAUAUUGAAACACC